GCAUUCAUUUUGUCAUAACUAGGGACGUUUUCAGUAAAAAGAAAUGUGAUUGUGACAACGUGUAAAUUAUACGAUUCACAGAGCCGAGUCGGCAAAAAAUCAUUUUCGAUUAGCGUUUAAUUUAUAAAAACGCAACCAUGACAAGAAUAAACCGUACUAGAGAUUUAUUUCUCUUUUGUAUGGCAGUCAUUUACCUGGUGGCAUUUGCUUCUUUAUAUGUACAAAUACCAGGCUUAUAUGGAGAUAAUGGAAUAUUGCCUGCAAAGAUUGUUAUCGGAAAAGAAGCAGACAGCUGGGAUGAAUUACUGGAUUCACAACCAACCUUACUGAAGCUGACUCCAAAGCUAGGCCUAAGUGUACAGCAAGGAAUGGACCUGCUUUGUAUGGCAGGGAUGGCAGUCUCCUUUCUGUGUGUUGUGUGUAAAACUAUGAGAGACACUGUUUCAUUUAUUCUGCUGUGGAUGCUGUAUUUUUCUUUGUACCAGGUUGGACAGACAUUCCUUUGGUUCCAGUGGGAUAUUUUGCUGUUAGAGGCUGGCUUUCUUACAAUUUUGGUAGCACCAUUCAACCUGCAGAUUCCUGUGAAGCGAUUUAGACUCUCGUUUUACCAUCAGCAUGACAGUAUCACGCUAUGGCUGGUCCGCUGGCUUCUAUUUCGACUGAUGUUUUCCUCUGGAGUGGUGAAACUAACAAGUAAAUGUCCGACAUGGUGGGGUCUGACUGCAUUAAACUGGCACUUUGAGUCACAAUGUAUUCCUACACCGUUAGCCUGGUGGUGGCACUUUUUACCAGAGUGGUUCCUCAAGCUGAGUGUAGUGAUGACGUAUGUUAUAGAGAUUGCAGUGCCAUUCCUGUUUUUUGCUCCAGUGCGCUCGCUUCGACUGUUUUCCUUCUGGUGUCAGAACAAGAAGAGUCGGAUCUCAAUUAUUAUGCCCCCUGCGAAGAAGGAGGGGUGUACAGUUUUGCAGAUGUCGGUCGAUUGGUCAGUCGGGACGUAG